AUGACAGAAUCUGAAAAGGGUUCGCCUGAGCCCCGGGAAAGAUACAACGCUCUCAUCAAGCCAACCGAUGAUGACUGGAUAACGGUUCACGACAAGUUCAAGGACCUGCUUGCCCAGCCCACCCUGCGGACAGAGCAGAUAUUGAAGUCAUGUUUCACAGCGCAUGAGCGGAAACUCUUCAUGCCUGCCACGGAACCUCUGAGCUUGAGGAACUGCCAGGAAGACAACUCCAGACGAUAUCGGAGCUUGAUAUCUGGCAGGUUCAAAAGCUGCCAUCUCUCAAUGGCGACAAAAUUUGCAAUGCUCUACUUUGGUCUUCCCGUUGAGCCGAUUCUGUCCGAGCUGGUUGAGAGCGCAAAGCCAGACUUUGAUGUAGAUGAUUGGGAUGUACUAUACGAUGUUGAGGGACUGAGCCUCCGAGGCGGAGGCUACGACGAUGAAGACUUUGAGAUGGAAGACGUGAGGUCCCUGGCAAAUAGUCGUUUUUCUGUCGAUGCCGGACAAGGACGCCAAUGCGCCGUUGUUCCGGAACUUAACGACGAUUAUGAGCAGGACGACGUCGAUGGCGAGCCUAUCAUGACGGGGCUGGGAAACCCAAUCAGGCCGAUUCAGCCCAGUAGGUUUGAUGUUGGACACCCGUUGGCGAGCCCUAUACGGCAGGCUUCAGCCUCAAGGUCGAACGUCGCUGGUGCCUCUCUGACUGCUGCGAGCAGGCCCACGAUAAAUGUCAAAUUCAAAGAACAACCAGAUGAAGCCUCCCAGGUGCACGACUGUGUUCCUCUCUAUGGCUACCAGGGCCGGAUUAUGUUCAUGCCCCACGACUUAUCUGCGUUUGAAGCAGCUUCCAGGAAGCUCUUGUCUCUUCGAAGGCACGACGGAUGCGAUCUAGUGCUCGUCGAGUUUGAUCGAAUCUCUAAACAGGUUAUGAAAAGCUUUCAUGACAAUAUUCCCAUCAACCAAUACGGUGCUAUGGCGAACCACCUGAGAAAAAAUGUCAGGUCCGACGUCAACUGCGUCUGGUUCGUGCUUCGUCGAGGCGAGGCGAUCCCCAAGGAAUGGGAGCCUCAAAGGACCCUAUUCUCGUCCUCGCUGAUCAAGUUCAGUCACGUCGACGAUAAGGGGUACGAAAAUUUCUCGUAUUGCAACGUUCCGUCUCGCAACCAGUACUUUGACGGCCCCAAAUUCGCAAUCAGCACGCGACCUCCGCCAAAGCCCUGGGGUGCCAACCAGUACAUGCCUUUUGUCACUACGGCGCAACAAGUCCUGACAGGAGCACCAGAUAGGCCUGGAGCAAGUCAUUGUGAUAUUGUCAUCUCCGCUGAAUAUUUACGGACGGGGACAUAUUCAACGUGUUGGUAUGGUGGCAUUGAGAUGCACCGUGGGCUGUUGGAUGCGAUGCAUCCUUGCUUCGCCAAGGGAAAGCCAUUCGUGGUUGAAACUCGUUCCUUGCCUGAGGAAUCCAUCGUCUUUUACUUACCGAGAGGCGUCGCAAAAUCCGUUACCGCGUUGGAGAACCGACAAUGCCAUCGCCAGACAACCUCUGAAGACCCAUACCCCGAUGCACUGAAGAAGUUGCAGGCGAUGACUAUGGAUCUGGAAAUGCCCAAAGAUGUCUCAUACCGAAUUUUGCGCGGAAUCGACUACUUCAACCCCCUGACCAAGGAUCCAUCGAGAGAUUAUAAGCCAGAUAGCGAGGCCCAGAAGCAAGACCAAUAUCAAGAGAAGCUUUCCAAGUUCAUCGUCAAUGCUGUCGACAACAAGAGGGAGCCUUGCCGGUUUUUCGUUAUCCAGCCCUUUUAUGGGCGCAACGAUUUGUGUACCAUAGAGACGCCGAGGGAGAACAAUGGCUCCGCUGAAUACCAAGCGGACUCAGACACAAUGGAGACGCUCAAGGCCAAGGUCGAGAGAUUGUACAGGGAUGACCCAAAAGUGCAGUAUGACCCCCAGCAAGACAGUAUGCUCAUAGAGCCCAUCUUUAAGUAUGGCGGCUCUGGGCAAUGGAACCCAGUUCAUUUCAUCUUGCGGUCGGAUGCCGCUGACUACGAACUGGUCAUGGUCCGGCGCCUUUCUGUUGCGCAAACCAUGCGUAUCACAGUCCUGAAAAACGACGAGCUUGACUUUGGUAUAUAUAACAUGCAUCGGAGCCUCCCUGUCGAGAACCGGUAUUUCGCCACUCAGAAGCAGCCGGGAGAAGUGAGUCAAGAGACUCCAAGGCCGCCUGAACAGCAUCCGCGAGAAUCUAGCUGGGAAACACAGCCGAGCGUCUACGACAACGGCAUAUAUCACCCAUCCUUCCCGAUCAAUGCACCUCCUGUCGAGUCAGUCAUGCGGACGGGGGGAAGCCGCGUGCCUAUGAUCACUAAGAACGCGCUCACAGUCACCGAACAACAUGAGAUACAGGGGGCGCUAUGGAACGCCCGCGGCAUGGUGUUGGAUCGAAUUUUGGAAUGUCCGUAUGAGGGGUGCAACUUCACCUACCGCGUGGACGAAGACAAGAAGCUUGUGAGACAUUUGGAAGAGAAACACAAUGGUCAGAAGUGCCCCUGGUGUGACAAUCGGUUAUUCUCAUUCUGGUCUCGGAAACAAAAGGAAGCGCACUACAAGAGUGCUCACGCGGACGAACUCCAAAGGAUGUUGGAGCAGCCACAGACACCAGUUCCACGUCCACCAACGUCCCAGACCUCCGUCACUGAAAGGCCACGAGAUGCCAUUGGCUCAUUAGCAUCACCUCUGUCUUCAUUCAAAAUCAUGGAGCGGGCUCGUCUACCAGCUGGACCUUUGCCUCGGCCAGUACCACCACCCAGAGCCAGCGAGAAGGAGGCUGACUACCGCUACUGCGAUCGCUGUGGCCGCGAUCACACAGAGCUCAGGGGACGAGCCGAGCGGGAGCAUCAUGAUCGCGUUUGCGUGCCACUGGCUGAGGGAGGUGGCUUGUGCACCUUUUGUGAGGUAUGCGGAGAUUGUGAAUGGAAGACGGAGCGAGAUGCAAAGGAGUUUGCGCCGUUUGACGAAUACCCACACAAGUGCCGCGGCAACGUUCAUCGAAACAAGCCGCAUUGCACCAAAUGUGGCCUCUCCAUGAAUGAAAUGACAGACGAGGUUAUCGACAAACAUCGCAAGUAUUGUGCGGGUUAUUACGGCACCAUGGGCUGUUUCUGCCCGUACUGCCAGCACCACUUCGUCAAAGAUAAGACCCAACAUCACAUCGAAGACAUCAAAAAGCACAUUUCAGGAUGCAGUGAGAGGGAACCUAGGAAGACCACUCCUUACGAAAUCUAUCCAGAGGCAUACUGGAAAGACCAAGACGUGCCUGCAGACCCUCUGUACUUGGGACGGUCUGCGUCAGCAACGCUCGUGAGAAAACAACGCCGUCCCAAUGGGCCUACUCGUUACCUGAGCUUUCCCCUGAUGUGGUAUGAGAAGUCUGGCCCGAUGCCAACGCACGAUCCUCCGUCCGAAUGCAAACUACCUGGCUGUCGCGAACCUCUUUUUGGCUUGACGCCGUCAGAGGUUCUGGGGCAUUUCGAGACGAACCAUGGCGGUCAGCCGCAGAAGAAGUGUCCGCUGUGUCACCUCUCAUUCAAGAGGUCCAGGGAUGAGCUUGAAGGCAAGCCUGAGCUCGAGGAAUGGGAAGAUAGGAAAGACCAAGUCGCCCAUAUGGAAUGCCACGUCUACCAGCUUUGGGAUAUUUUAGCUGCAAGGGGCCCCCCGCCACACACUACAAACCGCGAGCCCUUCUACGCAGGCCACAGCCUUUGGGAUCCCGACAAUGAGAGAGCCCUGGACCGACGAGACAAACGGUGCCCGCACUUCGACAAGUGCGGCGCCAUGGUAGGCUUCAUGAACCAGAAGCAAUGGAAUCGCCACAUGGAAACAGCGCACGCUGCUGAAGACUUUGAGUUACGGGUGACGCACGACAGGACGACCGACAUACAGACUGUAUUUGAUGACCGGAGACUGCAGAGAAUCCGUGAAGGAAAGCCGCCCAUGGCAGGACAAGUGCGCCCAGUACCUCAGCCGAAGGGGCCGGAAAAGAGAGCGAAAAGGGAUUCAGGACGAAAACUCAUGGCUACGGGUCCUGCCGUUCAGUCUCAGGGGCAGCUGGGAGCUAGCAAAACUCAAGCUGGAGGCGAGAUGCCCGCGAUCAUUCAUCCACAGACCGUCGUACCUAAGCAAACUCGCCCCGAAGAAAAUGUUCCUCGGGGUAACCGUCCGGAGGGGGCUCGACCACACAAGAAACCCGAGACGCAAGCGACCGAUCAUCCAAGGCACGAGGGUGGUACAGCCGCAAAGCCCAGAAAUCAUGCGAAAAAGAGUGGAAAGUCCACAGCCAAAACGAACAAGCCCCCGAGGCCGACAGGGAAGCAGACGGGGAAAACGCCUAGCAAGUCUGCAUUGGGCACGAAGCCAAUGGCCGCGGCCCCAGCACAGAGCUUCGAUGCAGACGAUGACAUGUACUGCUCGCGUUGCUUCCGCAAGGCACCCAAGAGAGGAUCAAAGGCACAUAUUCCUGAAGGUGAUCCCACCAGACAGGAGCAGAUAGAUGCUCACUCGGAUCCAAAGAGAAGCUGUCGAAUUCGACCGCAAGAAGGCCGCGUCAGGUUCAAUCACGAUGAAGAGCCUAUUCUGCCGAGUAGAGUUGGGUGGAUUCGAAAGGAUAAUUUGAAUUUCAAGGACAUCAGAGAUGCCUUUGCUCGAGACAACCCCAACCUCGAAAGAACCAUGUGUCCAACAGAUUCGAACUGGAAGCGUACAUAUUCGAAAUGGGUGCACGAUCCGAACAAUGAAAACAAUCAAGACGUUUGGGGGCUGCCUUACCGACCCAAGAAAGACCAGAAGGAGGAAGACAGCGAAGAGGAUGACGGGGAGGAAGAUUAUGUGGAGGGAGACGAAGAGGAGGGGGACGAAGAGGAGGGCGACGAGGAUGAAUAUGAAGAAAUGAGCGAAGAGGAGGAGGAGGAGGAGGAGGAGGAGGGAGAGGAGGAUAAAGAAGAAGAAGGGGCAGGGCAAGGGGAAGAGCAGGAGGAGCAAGGGGGCUUAGAUGGUGGCGGUGAUGGGGCCAAGGACAACCCGGAGAACCGUCACAAGAGGAAACAUAAAAUGUUCCGGGGGAUUCAACCUCACGAUCCGACAUACCGGGAUCGCGGGGACGAUGACAGCCUGAGUGAAGAGGAUCCACGCGAGUUGGUGCCGGAGAGCAGAAGCGAUGGAGACGGUAACGCUGAGUCUGGCGGCGGGAAGCGGAAGCGUCAUGCCACGGCAUCAAGGGGAGAGCGGCAGGCCAGCAAGAAGGGCAAGACGCAAGAAAGGGAGCGGAAGAAGGCUAGGGUGUCUGAGGGAGGCCAGAGCAACAGGCUCUAG